UGUGUGUGUGUGUUACAAAUUGUUAGUUAUAUAGUUACUACAUUAUGGUCCAAACUUUAAUUCCCAUGUGUUUGGUUUUUGUUACCUAGCUUCUGGAACAUGUAUAUGUAUCUAAGACAAGUCAAAAACAGAAGCUCUUACAUUGCAGUUCCUGCGCUAAAUUAUUACCUUUCCUUAAGCUACAUCACUGUUGCCAAUUGCCAUUAUUAUUAUUAGAUCCUCCUAUUAUUGCUAGCGUGACAGUGACACAUACACCCACAGAGAGAUUGAGAGAAGGAGAGAGAAGAGUGCGUUUCUUGAGUGUAGCCAAAGCACCGCCAUUGCAGGAAACCACACUUCCACGUGAUUCCAAUGUUUCUCAGCAAUGUACAACUACCGAAUUACCAUCAUGGGUGCCUGACAUAGAUAUAAAAAGCUCAUCUUUUUUUUUUCUUUUUGUUUAUCAGAAUUUUUGUAGCUGGAGAGAGGUACCAAUGGGGUCUCGCUUGGAUCAGUACGAGAUCAUGGAGCAGAUCGGCAGAGGAGCAUUUGGAGCUGCAAUUCUCGUUCAUCACAAAACAGAGAAGAAAAAAUAUGUGUUGAAGAAAAUAAGGCUUGCGAGGCAGACUGAAAGGUGCAGAAGAGCUGCACAUCAAGAGCCUGUAUUGGGAAUUCUAGAUGGUUCUUAUUGCUCGAAUUCGGCACCCGUACAUUGUGGAAUUCAAAGAGGCUUGGGUUGAGAAGGGUUGCUUUGUCUGCAUUGUUACUGGAUACUGUGAAGGUGGAGACAUGGCUGCAUUGAUGAAAAAAUCAAACGGGGUAUACUUUCCAGAGGAGAAACUCUGCAAGUGGUUUGCACAAUUACUCUUAGCGGUGGAAUAUCUGCAUUCCAAUUAUGUAUUACAUCGUGACUUAAAGUGUUCAAACAUUUUUCUUACCAAGGAUCAGGAUGUUCGCCUAGGGGAUUUUGGGCUUGCCAAGACACUAAAAGCAGAUGAUUUGGCAUCUUCGGUGGUAGGAACUCCCAACUACAUGUGUCCUGAACUGCUUGCAGAUAUUCCUUACGGAUUCAAAUCUGAUAUUUGGUCAUUAGGGUGUUGUAUAUAUGAAAUGGCUGCUCAUCGCCCUGCAUUUAAAGCUUUUGAUAUGGCAGGAUUGAUAAGUAAGGUGAAUCGUACCGCAAUCGGCCCAUUGCCUUCCUGUUAUUCCCCAUCCUUGAAAAUGCUAAUAAAGUGCAUGCUGCGAAAAAAUCCCGAGCAUCGUUUAUCAGCAUCUGAGAUCUUAAAACACCCCUAUCUGCAACCUUAUGUUGAUCAAUAUCGUCCGUCUUUUUGUCCGCCUACAACCUGUUCUCCUCAAAAGUCUAUUGGAGUUUUCCAGGAUCCUCGAAGAAAUAGGCCUGAAAGCCAAAACAAUAAUAGCUCAAGCAGUGACAAAGAUUGUUUGAUGUCAAAUGAGAGAAACAUGGAAAUGGCAGAGCCAAGUUUUGGUAGAGAAACCACAAUUCAGGCAUUAGUUGUUGAUGAUGGCUCUGAGUAUCCCCUGCCUAGUGAAGAAGGAAAUUGUUCCAGCAAUGUUAAAACAGUAAAGGUGGUGAAGCCAUCUCAUAAUGAAAACCAUCCUAAUAUUGCAUCUAAGGAACAAAACCUUUUCAAGAAUACAAUGAUUGCUUUAAAAGACAGAAGAGUUAGAGAAUCAAGUUCUCCAAUGAGAGGCAAUCACAUAAAGGCUGGCAAUGUAUCCAUCCAAAAAAUAAAUACAGAGAUACCUUCCAAAUUGCCCAAACCUAGUUUUGGUUUGAGGCCUAAUUUAGAGGCACCAACUAUUGCACCUGCAAAAGCAACCUUUGAUUCUGCAAAGGGAUCACAUAGUUUAAAGUAUCAGUUACCGAUGACAGAAUCAUUGCCGAAAACCAGACCUCGAGAUAUUGUGACUCUGCCAUCCGGCCGAACCAAACAAAUAGUUGGAAAUGGAGUUCCUGCCAAGCCAAGGCAAAUGACUCCUCCAAGAUUACUCAGACCACCUUCAUCUCCAGUUCGUAUGAGGCAGGCCAGGCUUGAUUUUCCAAACAUAGUGAAUGAUAUAAGAAACUCGAAUCCAGUGGUUCAUGAGCCUAAGAUGAGCCAUCAUAGGUUGACUAACAGUCAUAUACCACGUGUUUCGAGAGAUAUUAGGAAAGAGCCUCGGAAGUAUUCUGAACAGUGCUCAAAAGGAAUGCAAACAGACAGCAGCAAUUCAGUCUCAUCUUCAGUGUCUAUUCAAGGAUUUGAACUUUGUGAUGAUGCAACUACUUUUAUGGACUUGAGUGAACUCACACUUGCUGAUCAUGAGAAUAUAAACCACAUUGAGAAUGUGGAAUCACAUCUAAAUAGCAACUUGCCUCAUACGCAUUCUGAGACAUCUGAAGAUGUGUCUUGGGAAUCUGCAAGGCUUCCACGGAGCUUCCAUAAUAGCAAUACAAGCAAUGAGAACCUAAGUUCCACUUUAUCUCAGGAUCACUCAGUUCAAGAUCAUAAGGGAAUUUUCGCUUCUGAUGAUGGUUGUCCCAUAAAUCGGACAACCAUAUCUGCUGCCUCAGGUUGUGGUAGAAAAUCUCUACAGCCCUCUGCUUCAGCUGCAAAAGAAUCCAAAGAGCUUCAAGACAUUUCUGUGGAAACUACUUCAGCUAAGUCUCUGAAGCAUCCAAUUCCCAUUUCUGAAGAGAAGUCUUCUUGUGAAGAAAGCACACCGGAUAAUAGGCCUGAUAAAGAUAGCCAACCAAAACUUAUGAUCACCCCAAGUGGUGAUGAAGAAUCCAAGGUAACCAAAAGAUUGUCAUCAGUGGCUGAAACAGAUCCUCUGAUAGUCUCCACUAAAAUUCCAAGCCAGAACAUUUUGCAAGAAGAGAAAGGAGCAGUUUUACAGAACACAUCAGCUGAAAUUUCAUCUGCUGAUCAACUUCCUCCAGCUUAUGGUGAUGUCAUCCAUGUUAUACGGCAUAGUAGUUAUCGUGUCGGGAGUGAGCAGCCGGUGAAGGAAUCUGUAGAAGUGGGAGUUCAAAAUGUUGAUGUUGGCAAGUUCAUCAGCAUUGUAAGGGAUGAUGCAGAAAUGAGAAAUGUAAGCACUCCUUUGGCCCUUAAUUCUUCAAAUUCUUCUGAUCAUUUAGAAUCUCCAAGUUGCCCUGGCACGUUGAGUUUGGAAUCAAGUACUCUUGACCAACCUACCAUUAAGGAUCAAGAUUUGAAAAUCCCUGAUUCUACAGUAUCAAAAUCUGAUUCCACUAAAUAUGAGACUAGUACAGUCAAAGAGGAAACACAGGCAAAGGAAAUUUUGGAUGUGAAAUCUUCAAGACAGAGAGCUGAGGCACUUGAAGGUCUCUUAGAACUUUCUGCAGACUUGCUGGAGCAGAACAAAUUGGAGGAGCUUUCAAUUGUUUUGAAGCCAUUUGGAAAAGAUAAGGUAUCCCCAAGGGAGACAGCCAUUUGGUUAGCCAAGAGUCUAAAAGGAUUAAUGAUUGAGGAUAGUGUGGGAAGAGCUUCAUGAUCUUUCUUUUCUUAUCCAUGCUGAGUUUUCUUGUAUUUGAUAUUUGAAGUUGUUUCUUGUCUGUUGAUGUUUUUGGAGUGCACAUUAAAUGUGUUUCAAAAGCAUUAACGAAUUUCCCCUUUUCAAGUGUUACUAUGAUGUUGUAAAUAUUGUGACCAUACAAAUCAAUAACACAAAAAUGCAGUGAAUUGUAUGGAAUAUGAUGCAGCCAGUCAAAUUAAAGCUGCUAACAAUAAAUGUUCACCUACAU